AUGUCUUUAGAUACCGUACCCAAGGACUUACGAGGUUUGCGGGCGUGUUUAGUGUGUUCAUUAGUAAAGACUUUUGACCAAUUUGAAUAUGAUGGUUGUGAUAACUGUGACGAAUUCCUUCGAAUGAAAAAUAACAAAGAUAAUGUUUACGAUUGUACAAGUAAUAAUUUUGAUGGAAUGAUUGCUGCUAUGAGUCCAGAAGAUAGUUGGGUGUGUAAAUGGCAAAGAAUAAGCCGCUUCUGUAAGGGAGUCUAUGCUAUAUCAGUAUCGGGUCGUCUUCCUGCAGGUGUCAUAAGAGAGAUGAAAAGUCGUGGCAUUGCGUAUAGACCUAGAGAUACAAGCCAACGUUAA